AGACCCAGCCCUCCCGAGAGAGAGGGAGAGCAAGAGCAAAGCUGCUCGCAUCUGCUGUUUGUCUGCUGCCACAGCUUCAGGUAGUCGCUUCUCCUCCCCUGGAGCCACUAGCUCCGCGUUCGCUAGUCACAGUCUCCCCAGCUCCUUGCUAACAAGGAUGUCCAACGUGAAACUUCCAUAUAUCAUCUAAAGAGAAAAAGGGGUGCUUGUGCCAGACCCUUUAGCACUUUUCACGCCAAGAUAAUGUAAUUGCAGAUUCCACCUUUUGGAAGAUUUCAUCAUGGGGGCCAACACCUCCAGUAAGCCUCCAGUGUUUGAUGAAAAUGAAGACGUCAACUUUGAUCACUUUGAAAUUUUGCGUGCCAUUGGGAAAGGCAGUUUUGGAAAGGUCUGCAUUGUGCAGAAGAAUGAUACCAAGAAGAUGUAUGCCAUGAAGUACAUGAACAAACAGAAGUGUGUCGAGCGCAACGAAGUAAGAAAUGUCUUCAAGGAGCUUCAGAUCAUGCAGUGUCUGGAACACCCCUUCCUGGUUAAUUUGUGGUACUCCUUCCAAGAUGAAGAGGACAUGUUUAUGGUGGUAGAUCUCCUGCUGGGUGGCGAUCUGCGUUAUCACCUGCAGCAGAAUGUCCGCUUCCAAGAAGACACAGUGAAGCUCUUCAUCUGUGAACUCUCCAUGGCAUUGGACUACCUCCAGAAUCAACGCAUCAUCCAUAGGGACAUGAAGCCUGACAACAUUUUACUUGAUGAGCAUGGACACGUGCACAUUACAGACUUCAACAUUGCUGCCAUACUGACCAAGGAAAUGAAAAUCACCACAGUUGCUGGCACCAAACCUUAUAUGGCCCCUGAGAUGUUCACCUCAAGAAGACAAACAGGAUACUCCUUUGCUGUUGACUGGUGGUCCCUGGGAGUGACUGCUUAUGAGCUCCUGAGAGGCCGGAGGCCAUAUCAAAUUCGCUCUGGCGCAUCUACUAAUGACAUCGCUCACAUGUUUAAGACAGCAAUUGUGACCUACCCAGCUUCAUGGUCAGUGGGAAUGGUGACGCUGCUGAAAAAGUUGCUUGAGCAAAAUCCCGAUCACAGAUUUUCUCAGCUAUCAGAUGUCCAGGACUGCUCCUACAUGGCUGAUGUGAAUUGGGAUGCAGUUCUGCAGAAGAGGCUGAUUCCAACUUUCAUUCCUAAUAAAGGCAGACUCAACUGUGAUCCCACCUUUGAACUCGAAGAAAUGAUUUUAGAGUCCAAUCCUCUUCACAAGAAAAAGAAACGGCUGGCAAAGAAAGAGAAGGAUACCAGGAAAAGUGACUCCUCCCAGGUUUGCCUUCUUCAGGAGCACCUUGACUCAGUCCAGAAGGAAUUCAUUAUUUUCAACAGAGAAAAGGUAAGAAGGGAACAUAAUGAGAAGCUGGCACAAGCCAAAGACCCAGAAGACGGUCAGAACAACAACCUGUGAGAUCUGCUUCAUCCUCUUUUCACAUUAAUCGACUGCUCUGCACAUGGGCGCUGUGCCGUGUGCUUCUGAAUACUCCAUUUAGAAUGCUCAGACAUUAGUUCUCACCUGCCCCCGCACUGCCACUUACAAUUGCCCAAAGCCCGCUCUGGUAGAGCACUAGACCAGAAGCCAGGAGACCUGGGGUCUAGUCCCAGUUCUGCUGCUAAUCAACUCUGUGUGACCUUGGCCAAGUCACCUGCUCUCUCUGGGGCUGUUUCUCUCAUCUGUAAAAUGAGAUAAUCUGUCACAGAUCUCUGUUAGCUCUAAUAGUCUACGAUUGGAGGUUUAUGCUUUAGUGUAGUGCAAAGAACAUAGGAUUUAGACUAAGAAAGAUCUGGGUUCCAAACCCAGCAUUGGCACACUGUGUGGCCAUUGGCAAAUGGCAUUACCUUUCUGAGCCUCAGUGGAUAAUGGGGGUAGUAAUAUUUAUACUACCUAUAUAAGACCUAUCUCACAGGGUUAUUGUGAGAAAAACACUACAUAGUUGUGAGUUCUUAUUAUAUUUAACCCCUUUUCUCCUCCUUGUCAUACUGUGGAAAAUGUAGGGAUUGGGGUGAGGCCCUUCCAUCUUAGAAAAUUAACAAAAGGGGGUCAGAAUGCCUUAGCCCAUCUGAGCAUGAAGCAGAGCAUUCUGUCCAGGAAAACAAAAGAAUGGGACUUAAUAAGGCUCUAUGUGAAAGAGAACCCCCACAAUAGGGACCUUCUCACAGCAGCAUGGUCCUUCAGCACUGUUAUCAGGUUAAAUACUGAGAAAUACCAGAAAAGAAUACUGUCAGAUAUAAAACACACCUACCAUUCUGUGGUCACAUAUGGAAGACCAGAACUAAUAUGUAGAGAAGUUUGAUCUGAUGUCCAGCAGGAUGUCCUUCAGUUAUGAGACCAAGACAAAAAGAAACACUGACUGUGUCUCUUUCUUGCAUCAACUAACUCUAGGGCAAGUUGGUGGCUGAUCAAGGGAGCAGCCAUUCUGGGAGUAGAAUGUAUAGAAUUAGGGCCCAAGAGAAAGCCAGAGAUAGGAACUGGGCUGGAAAGAGAUGGACAGUGUGAGUGCUAGCUGGCUACACUCCCCUAGAGGGUGUGGGCAUAAAGUGGGGAGUCAACAUCUGCUUAGUGUUUACAGUUUUCAGUGCACUGAACUAACAGGCCUUAAGUUCUAGUAGUGCUAGGAAGAGUCUCUUUUUUGCCAGUAAAAAAAAAAAAGGUCUUUUGCAAGGAGGUAGCACAGAUGCCUUUUUAAAUGUUUGUAAAAACAACCAAACAAAACACCAUCCACCUCCACCUCUUGUGUUCCCUUCCAACUAAAUCACUCUGGCUCUCAUUGAUUGGCCAACAAGCCCAAGCCUCACUUGGGCAUUGUUUGGGUUUUCAUGGCUCAGUGAGUGUAAAUAGCAAUUGUUUCUGUUUUGGCCAGAAACCCAGAGGGUCUUCCCCUCCCAAAUUGUUUUUUUUUUAACCAGGUAAAAGAGGCCAUUCUUUGCCUUAAACACUGAAUGGGUGUUGCCUCAGUCAACAGAGACCUGGGAAAGACCUUAGCUUAAAAAGGUCUCCCACUACAUCCAGGCCAUCUCCAGUCAUUCUGAUUUAUAUCUUGACACUGGACCCAGAUGGCUCCAGAUGAGAAAGGGAGACUGGUGACUUUGCACAGCCCUCCCUCACUUAAAUCCAAUUUACUUGCAAGUCAUGGCAUCACCUUCCUGAUUUCCUGAUGUCAUGGUCCUCUUUGAGAAGGAAGGACAAAUAAUAACAACAUUCUCCUCCUACUAACUACAAAGUAUGUCAAGUGGGAUGAUGUAUGUAAAACACUCUGUGAAUAGCAUCUCUUAUUCAGGAAGCUGUCUCCAAACACCAGCCCUUGUCCUAACACAGUCUGAUCUGCUGGGGACUGGAAUAAAGUCAUCAGCAAUGAGAAAGAGACCAGACUCUCUUUCCAAAGAGGAGAGGCCAAGGGUUUCCACGGCCAUUUGCAAUUCAAGCCAAACUAUGUGCUUUGGUUGUUCUAACUUGAGCCCCAAAGGUCACAGACUUUUUCUUCCCUGACACACAUUUCUUCUUGGUUAAAGUCCUGUUGAAAGAACUUCCUAAGGGAUGUUUCAGAAACAAACAUCUUACCAAAGGGAAGGAAGGCAAGCCACUUGGCUCAUCUUCCUCUGACGUGUCUAGUUCAUGCAUCUAGAAUGUCUGAAGCAGGAGAGAAACCUUGUAAAACAUCCGUAAUUCAUAUUCCUAGUUAACUAGUGUUUAUUUUUAAUAAUAAGCUACAUAUGAGCCUGGAAUAGUGCCACUGAUUUUUAGGAACUACGAUUCCCUAGCUGGACACUGACAGACCUGGAUGAGGCAAAAGGGUCCUCCCUGGACCCUUCCUGGACUGCUUAGACAGUUGUUUGCCAAAGGUAAAACAGAAGCUUUGUCUGCAUUGGUAUCGCCUCCAGAAAACUGGAGUGCGAAAGUAUCCUUAGAACCUUUCUCAUUGCUGAGCUAGUGCAGUCCCAGGCUUUUACAAAACCUUUUUCCGAAUCGUUUCUUGAAUAGUUGUUGGCCCUUCUGUUCUAGUCCAUGAGUCAGGGGCUAAAACCAACACCUUCCUGGGGCUGAGGCAAAUAUACCCACAACUACUUAUAUUCCAUUAGAAUGUGCUCUCCCUGAGGCCAAGGGAUGUGUAUUUUAUUUAGUGUAGCCCCAGUGAUUAUCCUGGUGACUAGCCCAUAAGAGGUACUUGAAUUGGCUUGAAUUGCAUGACCCUAGGCUUUCCAGGGCCUAUUAUUUCCUGGUUUGUGACUCCUUAAACUUGAAUCUGGGAGCUCCAGUCUUGGAAAAGAAAGCGAUCAUGGUAGCCAUCUGUGACGUGUUCCUGAGAAUUUUACUAUUGUUGUCCUAUCAUCUCCACCCAUCACUGUAGAAAAAUGUCUGAAUAGACUUUCUAUGUUUACAAGGUUGGAAGCAUUUUUUCUUAAUAACACUGUUUUCCCAGACUUUCUGCCCAGUGAAUGCAUGCUGACUUAGGCAGCACAGGUAGGGUAGAGGGGGCGCCUUACUGACAAUAGGUUUGGGAUCAUGGGAUAUAAAACCCAGGCCAAUGGGCCAUGAUGACUUUAAAAUGCUAAGGGAGCCUGGCUAAGACUGGAGAUUAUGGACUCAGAAGACCUGGGUUUGAGUCCUGGUUCUGCCAUUUAUUAGCUGUAUCACCCCCAAAAGACAAGUGGUUCUCCUCUUUAUUUCCUCAUCUCUAAAUCAAUGGGGCUGGAGUAGGUGAUUUUGAAGCCUGUUUCAAUGCUAACUUUCUGUGAUUGACGGAUGUGUGUAGCACCUUCAAGUUUGCUGAACGCUUCUGUGUUCACAGCCAGUCUGUGAGGUAGGCCGUGUGAUUAUCAUCAUCCUCAUUCUGUAGACAAGGAAACUGUCUCAGAGAGAUCAGGCAGUCACACAGCUGGUAAGUAUCCAGGGUGGAACUCAGCCCCAGUGGUCCUGAUUCCAAGGAUAGCACUCUUCCCUCUACAUCAAGAGAAGGCUAAGAUUCAUUUAAUUAGAGUAGUCAAGUAGCCCUUCAUGGGAGAAUUGUCGAUUGCAGUUGUAUGACGUGACCACUAUCUCCCAUCAUCGUAGCUCCCUUUGGUCAUUUAGCAGAUUAAAAAAGAAGCAGGGCAGAGAUCUUCCAGGGGAUUCUCCCAGUAGAUAGUCUUUGGCUGUGCUCCAGAAUUCACAUGAUAAGGAAGGAUGAACUGUGGAAGCCGAAGGGAAGAGCGUGAAGGCCUGGGUAUCUCUGUUGUCCAUCAUCAGAUGUCAGAGCACCAUUCUAAUAGCCGUCUGCCCCGUUCACUUGUUCUAAGUAAAGUACUGUCUGUCUGUCUGUCUGCCACUAACGAAAUUAAAGAGUCAAAUGUCUUACUCU